AUGACACAUCACCCAUCCAGAAUUGACCAGACCAUCGCCAAGACCCCUACUAAUACCCUCCCGGCUCAACCAAAGCCCACUCACCGCAAGAUAAGCCCAACAUCACAUCAGAUCAUCGAUAUCAAGAACCCUCCCAGCCCAUACGUAAGAGGCCACGAACCCAUUGACGUCUCUGAUGUGCAUCUUACUUGA